AGGUGCUUCUGGGAAGUCAAGCGCCGAGCUGCACGCCUGCCCGCCGGCCGGGGACUGCCUCUCCCGCAGCGGCUUUGAGGUCAAGGGAUUCGCAGGUGCCGUCGCUGCGUGACCUAUUUGUCUGCAGCCUCCAACCCCCUCCCACACCCACCCCCCACCCCGAGCCGAGAGGGAAGCUCUGAGUCCCGGGCCGCGCCGUCCGGAGUCCCAUCUCCGGGCAGGAGGUGCUGGGGGCGGCGCGGGCUGCGGACACUCCCCGCGUUGAUCCCGCCUGCCAUGGACUCGGAAUACUACUGCGGCGACCAGUCAGAUGAUGGUGGCGCUACCCCAGUACAGGAUGAACGGGAUUCAGGGUCAGACGUUGAGGAUGAUGUAAAUGAGCAGCACUCUGGAUCAGACACUGGAAGUGUAGAACGUCAUUCAGAGAAUGACCCUAGUGAUCGAGAAGAUGAUCUCAGCAAAAGACAUGUGACAGACUCUGAGAAUGAUGAGCCCUCAAACCUUAAUGCUAGCGACUCCGAGAGUGAGGAGCUUCACAGGCAAAAGGACAGUGACUCCGACUCUGAGGAGCAGGUGGAGCCUCCUGCAAGUGAUUCUGAAAAUGAGGACGUCAAUCACCGAGGGAGUGACUCUGAGAGUGAGGAGGCCAGGAAAUUACCUGCUAGUGACUCUGACAACGAGGAGCUUCUUAACGGACAUGCCAGCGACUCUGAAAAUGAAGAUGUUGGCAAGCAUCCUGCCAGUGAUUCGGAAACGGAAGAGCUCCAGAAGAGUCCUGCCAGUGACUCUGAAGUGGAGGAGGCCCUCAAGCCUCCAAACAGUGACUCAGAGAGUGAGGACCCACCAAGGCAACAAGCCAGUGACUCUGAAAACGAGGAGCUUCCCAAGCCUCGAAUCAGUGAUUCUGAAAGUGAGGAGCUUCCCAAACCUCGGAUCAGUGACUCCGAGAGUGAGGAGCCUCAAAGAACUCAGGCCAGUGACUCUGAAAACGAGGAGCUUCCCAAGCCCCGGAUAAGUGACUCCGAGAGCGAGGACCCACCAAGGCACCAGGCCAGUGACUCUGAAAAUGAAGAGCUUCCCAAACCCCGAAUUAGUGAUUCGGAAAGUGAGGACCCCCCAAGGACCCAGGCCAGUGACUCUGACACAGAGGAGCUUCCCAAACCCCGAGUCAGUGACUCGGAGAGUGAAGAGCCUCAGAAGGGAGCUGUCAGUGAUUCUGAAACUGAGGGUGCCUCCAGGCACAAACAGAAGCCUGUGUCAGACGAUGAGAGUGAUGGGGAGAAUAAGGGAGAGGAGGUGGAAAUGCAGAAUGACUCCUUGCAUUCCGAUAACCAAGUAGACAGGAAAAGAUUUCCUAGUUCUGAGAGUGAAGAAGAAGGACCCAAAAGGCCAAAUAUUGACAGUGAUGAAGAUGAAGAAAAAGAGGGGGAGGAGGAGAAAGUCGCAAAGCGAAAAGCUGCUGUGCUUUCUGAUAGUGAAGAUGAGAAAUCAUCAGCAAAGAAGAGUCGUAUUGUCUCUGAUGCAGAUGACUCUGAUAGUGAUGCUGCAUCAGACAAAUCCAGCAAAAGAGAAAAGACUGUAGCAUCAGACAGUGAAGAAGAAGGAGGGAAAGAAGACUUAUCUGAUAAGAAAAAUGAAGAAAAGGAUCUGUUUGGGAGUGAUAGUGAGUCAGGGAAUGACGAAGAGAAUCUUAUUGCAGAUAUAUUUGGAGAAUCAGGUGAUGAAGAGGAAGAAGAAUUUACUGGUUUUAACCAAGAAGAUCUGGAAGAAGAGAAAAGUGAAAUGCAGGUAAAAGAAGCAGAAGAUUCAGAUUCUGAUGAUAAUAUAAAGAGAGGAAAACAUAUGGACUUCCUGUCGGAUUUUGAGAUGAUGUUGCAACGGAAGAAGAGCAUGAGUGGCAAGCGCAGACGUAACCGUGACGGUGGAACUUUCAUUAGUGAUGCCGAUGAUGUUGUGAGUGCCAUGAUUGUCAAGAUGAAUGAGGCCGCUGAGGAAGACAGGCAAUUGAACAAUCAAAAAAAGCCAGCACUGAAAAAAUUAACAUUAUUACCUACUGUAGUCAUGCACCUUAAGAAACAGGAUCUUAAAGAAACAUUUAUCGACAGUGGUGUGAUGUCUGCCAUCAAAGAAUGGCUUUCCCCUCUGCCAGAUAGGAGUUUGCCAGCACUGAAGAUUCGAGAGGAGUUAUUGAAGAUUCUGCAAGAGCUACCUAGUGUGAGCCAGGAGACCCUGAAGCAUAGUGGGAUUGGACGAGCAGUGAUGUACCUCUAUAAACAUCCCAAGGAAUCAAGGUCUAACAAGGACAUGGCAGGGAAAUUAAUCAAUGAAUGGUCCCGCCCUAUAUUUGGUCUUACCUCAAACUACAAAGGAAUGACAAGAGAAGAAAGGGAACAGAGAGAUCUAGAACAAAUGCCUCAACGGAGAAGAAUGAGCAGCACUGGUGGUCAGACGCCACGAAGGGACUUAGAAAAAGUGCUGACAGGAGAGGAGAAGGCUCUUAGACCUGGAGAUCCUGGGUUCUGUGCCCGUGCAAGAGUCCCGAUGCCUUCAAACAAGGACUAUGUUGUAAGGCCCAAGUGGAAUGUUGAAAUGGAGUCAUCCAGGCCUGGUAUUCUUAAAAAGGGCCUAAGCCGAUUGGAAAAGCAUAAAAGGCGAUUUGCAGAACAGAAACGACUCAGCAAACUGCAUCGUGCUGUCAAGUUCAGCAUUGAAGGCAACAGGAUGCCCCUCUAGGCCUGGCCCUACCAGUGUGUAUCGGAGAGGUAUCCCCAAGGAAGCAUGCUCGUGCAUGGGCGUGAAUUGUCCGCAACUAGAGUGAAGACUGUGUGCUUUCUUAACCAGAAAGGGUCACGCCCACUUCUAGUUUCAAAAUAAUGAACCUAACAUGUAUUCCGUCAUCAAUUCAAGUCCUCUUGAAGAUUUACAAAUUGAUAAUGAAGACCCCUUUUUAUCAGGGAGCUCAUAAGGCCAAUAGAGUAGUAAGCCCUGAGAAGUAUUUUGGUCUUCCUAUUAUUCAUUUUUAAAGACCCAGAAUCUUAGUGGUCCUCAUUAUAGGCACAUAAAUUCUCUUUCCCUACUCUGAUCUCUUUCUUUCCUAACAUUUUUUUUUCUUCUCCAGCACUUAUUUUUAAGAAUUAAGAUUUAUAAUAUGGCCAAGAAAAUGUAAUGAAAAUCUUAAUGGUCACUGUUUGGAAGCAUACCUUGUAUUUUGGAGGGUGUUUGUGGGUGUCGUUUCUUUUCCCACGCUCCCUGUCGGUGAUGGUGAGAUGGGAAGAAGUGACCCAGCCGUCUGCUAAAGCAGAAAUGGGUCAGACAUGAGAGGGAAAUUCAAUUGUAUACCCAGCUCUCCCACAGCUGUGAUUAUGCUGCAAUUAAGGCAUGUUAGGGUGGCAGAUGAUCUUAUGUCAUAUUCUCCAUGUUGUUCUUACACCUUGUGACACUCCCUAAUCAGUAUUUUUUCCACAUUCAUUCAAGGCUUCCAUAUUGCACAAGACUAAUCAUGUAUUAUUAGGAAACAUUGUCCAGUGUUCAGAAGGCAGAUGGAAUGAGAAGGCAGAUGGCUUCCCAGUGAAGCGUUUUUGUUUUAAAUGUCACUUCCUGGGCUAGGGAUUUGGCUCAGCUGUAUGAGCCACAUGUAUGAUUCCCUGGGUUUCAUCCCUCAGUACUGCAAACAAUAAAAUUUUUUAAAUUGAAUGUCAUUUUUAUACUGGAAUAGCAUAAAUAAAUGUAAAGUAAUUCUCCAGAAUCCUGCUCUUAAGUUUUCACUGUUAACACUUUAGUCUGUAAAAUGUACAUUCAGCAGUACUUUAAACCUAGCUAUUUCUGGUUAUUACUGUAGGAAAGUUUGUAAUUAAGAGAAAAAUCUUCCCACCAAUCAAAAAUAACGACUCUUUUUAUUACUGAAACUUUAAUGUUAUGUGAUAAUACAACUUUACUUUUCUUUCAUUUAACCACUAACAUGUCAUUAAUGCUGGCUGUGUAUUAGUCUGUUAUAAAUGUGCUUUAUUUUCUCUCUCUGGUUUCUUGUUUUUCUCACCUAACUAGUAGUGUGCUAUACUAUAUUUUUAUGUUUAUAUGUUAUUUCUUGGAGUGCUUUUACAAUAACAUUAAAAUGGCAAAAAAUAGUACAUGUUUUUUUAUAAAUCUUUCAAAUAAAAUUGUUGCUUGUAUUUGUACCAUACCUUAUUGACAUUUUUGGUUAUUUCUUUUUAGUCCUUUUUUAUAUGUAUACAAAGACAGUGUUAUUUGUUCUGUUUUUGUUUUUAUUUAAGUAAACAUACUUCAGUGAUAAUAUUGUCAUAAUAGUUAUACUAUCGUUUUAAUAAUAAGCACUUGCUCAUCUUUUAAGCUGCUUUGAUUUUCCAUUGCUAUAAAAUUGACGAAUCAGAAGAGGGGCCAUUUAAUUUGGCAUGUCAGGUAUGUUUUCUGCAUUCUUAGACUUCUAAUAACUUGGCAUCUGCCAUUUAGAAGUCGUGAAAGCUAGAAAAGGAAUAGAUUAGAACUGGACUUGGUGUGUCACAAUUGCUGGGGCUGGGAAGAUCCAUAGGACACUGAAGGUUAGGGUUGGUUAGAAAAGUGCAAAAAUCAGAGCACUUUGAGAAAGAAUCAAGAUACCUCUGUGUUUGAUAGGAUGGUUUAUUUUCUUAUGAUAAUUAGUGUUUAUGCAAAUUCAGACUGUCAGGUAAAAUUGAUAAAGAAAGAUGACUUGAGCAGGAGAGCAAUCAUUUAGCCGGUAGGCCACUUGCCUUACACACAGCCAACCUGGGUUCAAUCUCUGGUAUCCCAUGUGGUCCCCCAAAGGAGUUAUCCCUCCAUAAGGAGUUAUCCCUGAAUGCAGAGGCAGGAUCAGUCCCUGAGCGCUGUCUAACUUGGCACGAAGCUUGAUUAUUUGAAAUUGGGCCAUUCUUAGAAUGGAAGAUCAGCUGUUUCUUGUUUAAGAAUGACUUAGGAAUCUUCGUUCAGAUCUGAGAUGGAACCUGAUUCCAGACAAGAGAUAAGACUUGGUAGGCUUCCUGCUCUAAAAAACUUCACCUCACUAGUGCCAGCCUUGGGAUGUCUCCUAGUUCUAUCCUUAUUUUAAAAUUUUGUGAAUGGUGCUUUACAGAUAAUGAUUUGAGAGUAACAUCACCUAGGAAAUAAACAUUUCUCUGUACCCACUAUACAGUACUAAAGCUCAGAAUUUUCACAGUAUUCUGUCUUUAAUAUAAAGACAGACUUUUUUCAUACUUUUGAGAGUUUUUUUUUUUCUUGGAGACCAAGUUUUGCAUGGCAUACAAACAUUUCGAAGUAUUUCUUUUUUAAAAACCAAACCAUUGGGGGCUGGAGUGAUAGCACAGCAGGUAGGGCGUUUGCCUUGCAUGCGGCCGACCCAGGUUUGAUUCCCAGCAUCCCAUAUGGUCCCCCUAAGCACUGCGAGGAGUAAUUACUGAGUACAUGAGCCAGGAGUAACUCCUGUGCAUUGCCGGGUGUGACCCCAAAAAGCGAGAAAAAAAAAAAAUCAAACCAUUAAGCAUUAAAAGGCAAAAAGGAUGUGUUGGAAGAACUCAUAAGCUCCUUAGGUUUAAAAAAAAAAAAGACUUAAUUUUCUUACUGUGUCAGGUAUUCUUAUUUACUAUAAAUCUAAUUGAUUUUUUAAGGUAACCAUAAUAAAUAAUAAUGGCUUGGUAUUUAUUUUGAGCACUGACUGUUUCUUAGCCUCUGUGUUUUUACUUGACUUCAUCUCACUUCUUUUCAGCAGUCCUGAAAGGAGUACAGACCCAAGAUCUGAUUUCCCCAGGGUCACAGGGUCGUAGAAGAUGGAGCAUAAUCAUUCACCCUAAGUCUGAGGCGGGAGCUCUAGUGCUUACUGACUUUGCUUUACUCAUCUGCUAACACUUUGCACUGUGCUGUUUUUUUCUCAGAAAACUUUACUAGACAUCUGAUCCUUAUUCUUUCUGCCAUUCUACUUGAAGGUGUAUAAGCAAGAGAUUCACAUUAGGUGUCAAAAGGAAAAAGCAUGUAGGCAAAACAUUCUGAUGGGAAUAGUUGGGAUCGUGGUUUUAAUUUUUCACUUUUUAUCUGGGAGAUCUCCAUGGAUCGGGGCAACAUUUUUAAAUAAAACACCAGGCAUACAAAAUUAUUCUUCAUUUGAGAGUUUUGUUGUUUUUUUUUUAAUACUGUUAUGUUUAUUUGCUCUGUUCCUGAGGUCAUCAACACAUCCUGGUUAUUGGAAAGCUAGCAACUCUUUGUCUGAUAACUUUCAGAUAAAAGAAGGUAAAAGACAAAACUGACUACAUGUAUGUAUUUCAGAAAUCCGCUCUUUUAACUUUUCCU